AACACAAAGCUGGGAGCGCAUCCAUUUUCUGCAGCAAGCAGGCGAAGGUGGAGCUGCAGAACGGAUACAACGACCCUGAGGUCAACAGCGCACAGGAGAAGGACACGGUGAAGGUCAGCUUGUCGCCAACCAUGCGUUACGUGGGGCUGGACCGAUUCUGCCCCAAAAUACGGUUCAAGGACGUGCGUUCCCAGCGACACCACCAGGCGCAGGUGGCGUUCCAGGUGUGCGUGCGGCCGGGCUCCUACAAGAUCGGCCCGCCAUCGGCCGGGACUGGCGAGUCCAUCGACCCGCGCUUCAGCAACAACGAGAUCGAGUGGAUCACCAAGGAGAGGGCUUCUACUGUCCUGUAUGGCCUCCUGGUGCGGGUGGAGUGAGGUGGACCCUUUCUCCCCACCCCCCCCCUGCCCCGUCCUCCCUGUCCUCUCUCCCCCCUCUGCCACACACACACACACACACACACACACACACACACACACACACGCACGCACACCCUCCCUGCUUCCACUUGCCAAGGACGGGAAGGAGAGGAGUGCAGGAUGGAGACGGAGGGAGACCCCAUUGACUGAACCCCUCACUGUGGCAAGAGGUUGGAAGGGGUGAGGUUUGCCGUUGUGGGUGUGUGUGUGUGUGUGUGGGGGGGGGAGCAAGAGGGACUGGCCAGACCGACCUUGCACACUUUUAUACGACCCCCCCCGAACUAGUGCGACGUUGCACCUUUUUUUUGACUCUUGUACCAACGGAACAACAAACAAGAACCAUUCGCCGACCCGAGCUGUUCACUCGAUGUUACUCUCGCUGUUUGCGGGCGUGUGUGUGUG